AUGCCUAGCAGGACCAGGUGGCCCAACAGGACCAACAGGACCAACAGGACCAACAGGACCAACAGGACCAACAGGACCAACAGGACCAACAGGACCAACAGGACCAACAGGACCAACAGGACCAACAGACCCAGGCGAUCCUCUCUGUCCUACUCUUCCAACGCGGCCGUUCCUACCUCUGCGGCCAGCUCGCCCCCGUGGCCCAGCGUGGCCUGCAGGUCCCUGAUCACCACCACGCCCGUCUAA